AUGCAUCGAAUCAACCACGUCACGAAGCGUAACUUUAUCUCCAGCUACCACUGCAGCGAAAAUCUUUACGACAACUGCCACUGGAGCAACAACAUCAUCUCAGAUAACACCUCUAGAAAUAACAUCAAGCACAGUUCCAGUUACAACUACUUCUCACACAACAGCUGCUUCUCCAGCAACGACUACAUCUCAAACUGGAAAUACACCACAAACCACCACUGCAGCAUUCACGGCUUCUACAACUGCAGCAACUACAGGCCCAACCAUGGCCUCAACUCAAAGUACAGUUACUUCACCUGCAACAGAAGCAACAACAUCAGCAGCAAUGAGGACAACAGAAACUGCAACAACUCUAUCAGCAACCACAGCCGUAACACCAUUAUCCGGUGCAACAUUUGGUCCCACCUCAACUGCAGAAUCAACGACGUCACGAAGCCCUACUUUAUCUCCAGCUACCACAGAAGCGAAAAUCUCUACGACAACUGCCACUGGAGCAACAACAGCAUCUCAGAUAACACCUCUAGAAAUAACAUCACGCACAGUUCCAGUUACAACUUCUCACACAACAGCUGCAUCUCCAGCAAUGACUACAUCUCAAACUGGAAAUCCACCACAAACCACCACUGCAGCAUUCACGGCUUCUACAACUGCAGCAACUACAGGCCCAACCAUAGCUUCAACUCAAAGUACAGUUACUUCACCUGCAACAGGAGCAACAACAUCAGCAGCAAUGAGGACAACAGAAACUGCAACAACUCUUUCAGCAACCACAGCUUUAACACCAUUAUCUGGUGCAACAUUUGGUCCCACCUCAACUGCAGGUUCGACAACCGAAAAACAAACAAAAGCUACGACCUCUUCUGUUUCAACAGGAACACCACCAACUGUAACGACAACUUCAUCUUACCUGAAACCACGAGUGCUGCACUCGUCACUGUUACUCCCACAAAUUCUGCAUCAACAACUGAAGCAUCUACAAAUUCAGAACCACCAAAUUCAGCAUCUACCACAACAGUUCCAAAUGCAUCAGUGCUUCCCACUUCAUCUGCAGUUCCUGGCACAGCAACAUCACCAACUACAACUUCUGUAUCAGGAACGGGUGUUAUAUCAACUGCAGCUUUAACAAGGACAACCACAGCACCGUCGUCUUAUCUCCUAUCAGGUAUUGCUCCAUCAACAACUGCAGCAGUAACUGCUACAACAGCUUCAGGCACAUCUAAAACUACAGCACCACCUGCUACUUCCCUGACAACUGGAGCUCUAUCACCUACAGAAUCAACGACGUCACGAAGCCCUACUUUAUCUUCAGCUACCACUGCAGCGAAAAUCUCUACGACAACUGCUACUGGAGCAACAACAGCAUCUCAGAUAGCACCUCUAGAAAUAACAUCAAGCACAGUUCCAGUUACAACUACUUCUCACACAACAGCUGCAUCUCCAGCAACGACUACAUCUCAAACUGGAAAUACACCACAAACCACCACUGCAGCAUUCACGGCUUCUACAACUGCAGCAACUAGAGGCCCAACCAUGGCCUCAACUCAAAGUACAGUUACUUCACCUGCAACAGGAGCAACAACAUCAGCAGCAAUGAGGACAACAGAAACUGCAACAACUCUAUCAGCAACCACAGCCGUAACACCAUUAUCCGGUGCAACAUUUGGUCCCACCUCAACUGCAGGUUCGACAACCGAAAAACAAACAAAAGCUACGACCUCUUCUGUGUCAGCAGGAACACCACCAACUGUGAUGACAACUUUAUCUGUAUUCGUAUCUUCUACUCUAGCUACCGCAUCAACAGCAUUCAUAGCAACAACAACCGCUUCAUCUAACCCAUCUGCUCCAAGCACAACUUCGGGUCCUUUACCAACAAUAGCUGAAACCACGAGUGCUGCAUUCGUAACUGUUACUCCCACAAAUUCUGCAUCAACAACUGAAGCAUUUACAAAUUCAGAACCACCAAAUUCAGCAUCUACCACAACAGUUCCAAAUAGAUCGGUGCUGCCUACUACAUCGGCAGUUCCUGGCACAGCAACAUCACCAACUACAACUUCUGUAUCAGCAACGGGUGUUAUAUCAACUGCAACUUUAACAAGGACAACCACAGCACCGUCGUCUUCUCUCCUAUCAGGUACUGCUUCAUCAACAACUGCAGCAGUAACUGCUACAACAGCUUCAGGCACAUCUAAAACUACAGCACCACCUGCUACUUCCCUGACAACUGGAGCUCUAUCACCUACAGAAUCAACGACGUCACGAAGCCCUACUUUAUCUCCAGCUACCACUGGAGCGAAAAUCUCUACGACAACUGCCACUGGAGCAACAACAGCAUCUCAGAUAACACCUCUAGAAAUAACAUCACGCACAGUUCCAGUUACAACUUCUCACACAACAGCUGCAUCUCCAGCAAUGACUACAUCUCAAACUGGAAAUCCACCACAAACCACCACUGCAGCAUUCACGGCUUCUACAACUGCAGCAACUACAGGCCCAACCAUAGCUUCAACUCAAAGUACAGUUACUUCACCUGCAACAGGAGCAACAACAUCAGCAGCAAUGAGGACAACAGAAACUGCAACAACUCUUUCAGCAACCACAGCUUUAACACCAUUAUCUGGUGCAACAUUUGGUCCCACCUCAACUGCAGGUUCGACAACCGAAAAACAAACAAAAGCUACGACCUCUUCUGUUUCAACAGGAACACCACCAACUGUAACGACAACUUCAUCUGUACUCGAAUCUUCUACUCUAGCUACCGCAUCAACAGCAUUCAUAGCAACAACAACUGCUUCAUCUAACCCAUCUGCUCAAAGCACAACUUCGGGUCCUUUACCAACAGUACCUGAAACCACGAGUGCUGCACUCGUCAUUGUUACUCCCACAAAUUCUGCAUCAACAACUGAAGCAUCUACAAAUUCAGAACCACCAAAUUCAGCAUCUACCACAACAGUUCCAAAUGCAUCAGUGCUUCCCACUUCAUCUGCAGUUCCUGGCACAGCAACAUCACCAACUACAACUUCUGUAUCAGGAACGGGUGUUAUAUCAACUGCAGCUUUAACAAGGACAACCACAGCACCGUCGUCUUAUCUCCUAUCAGGUAUUGCUCCAUCAACAACUGCAGCAGUAACUGCUACAACAGCUUCAGGCACAUCUAAAACUACAGCACCACCUGCUACUUCCCUGACAACUGGAGCUCUAUCACCUACAGAAUCAACGACGUCACGAAGCCCUACUUUAUCUUCAGCUACCACUGCAGCGAAAAUCUCUACGACAACUGCUACUGGAGCAACAACAGCAUCUCAGAUAGCACCUCUAGAAAUAACAUCAAGCACAGUUCCAGUUACAACUACUUCUCACACAACAGCUGCAUCUCCAGCAACGACUACAUCUCAAACUGGAAAUACACCACAAACCACCACUGCAGCAUUCACGGCUUCUACAACUGCAGCAACUAGAGGCCCAACCAUGGCCUCAACUCAAAGUACAGUUACUUCACCUGCAACAGGAGCAACAACAUCAGCAGCAAUGAGGACAACAGAAACUGCAACAACUCUAUCAGCAACCACAGCCGUAACACCAUUAUCCGGUGCAACAUUUGGUCCCACCUCAACUGCAGGUUCGACAACCGAAAAACAAACAAAAGCUACGACCUCUUCUGUGUCAGCAGGAACACCACCAACUGUGAUGACAACUUUAUCUGUAUUCGUAUCUUCUACUCUAGCUACCGCAUCAACAGCAUUCAUAGCAACAACAACCGCUUCAUCUAACCCAUCUGCUCCAAGCACAACUUCGGGUCCUUUACCAACAAUAGCUGAAACCACGAGUGCUGCAUUCGUAACUGUUACUCCCACAAAUUCUGCAUCAACAACUGAAGCAUUUACAAAUUCAGAACCACCAAAUUCAGCAUCUACCACAACAGUUCCAAAUAGAUCGGUGCUGCCUACUACAUCGGCAGUUCCUGGCACAGCAACAUCACCAACUACAACUUCUGUAUCAGCAACGGGUGUUAUAUCAACUGCAACUUUAACAAGGACAACCACAGCACCGUCGUCUUCUCUCCUAUCAGGUACUGCUUCAUCAACAACUGCAGCAGUAACUGCUACAACAGCUUCAGGCACAUCUAAAACUACAGCACCACCUGCUACUUCCCUGACAACUGGAGCUCUAUCACCUACAGAAUCAACGACGUCACGAAGCCCUACUUUAUCUCCAGCUACCACUGGAGCGAAAAUCUCUACGACAACUGCCACUGGAGCAACAACAGCAUCUCAGAUAACACCUCUAGAAAUAACAUCACGCACAGUUCCAGUUACAACUUCUCACACAACAGCUGCAUCUCCAGCAAUGACUACAUCUCAAACUGGAAAUCCACCACAAACCACCACUGCAGCAUUCACGGCUUCUACAACUGCAGCAACUACAGGCCCAACCAUAGCUUCAACUCAAAGUACAGUUACUUCACCUGCAACAGGAGCAACAACAUCAGCAGCAAUGAGGACAACAGAAACUGCAACAACUCUUUCAGCAACCACAGCUUUAACACCAUUAUCUGGUGCAACAUUUGGUCCCACCUCAACUGCAGGUUCGACAACCGAAAAACAAACAAAAGCUACGACCUCUUCUGUUUCAACAGGAACACCACCAACUGUAACGACAACUUCAUCUGUACUCGAAUCUUCUACUCUAGCUACCGCAUCAACAGCAUUCAUAGCAACAACAACUGCUUCAUCUAACCCAUCUGCUCAAAGCACAACUUCGGGUCCUUUACCAACAGUACCUGAAACCACGAGUGCUGCACUCGUCACUGUUACUCCCACAAAUUCUGCAUCAACAACUGAAGCAUCUACAAAUUCAGAACCACCAAAUUCAGCAUCUACCACAACAGUUCCAAAUGCAUCAGUGCUUCCCACUUCAUCUGCAGUUCCUGGCACAGCAACAUCACCAACUACAACUUCUGUAUCAGGAACGGGUGUUAUAUCAACUGCAGCUUUAACAAGGACAACCACAGCACCGUCGUCUUCUCUCCUAUCAGGUAUUGCUCCAUCAACAACUGCAGCAGUAACUGCUACAACAGCUUCAGGCACAUCUAAAACUACAGCACCACCUGCUACUUCCCUGACAACUGGAGCUCUAUCACCUACAGAAUCAACGACGUCACGAAGCCCUACUUUAUCUUCAGCUACCACUGCAGCGAAAAUCUCUACGACAACUGCUACUGGAGCAACAACAGCAUCUCAGAUAGCACCUCUAGAAAUAACAUCAAGCACAGUUCCAGUUACAACUACUUCUCACACAACAGCUGCAUCUCCAGCAACGACUACAUCUCAAACUGGAAAUACACCACAAACCACCACUGCAGCAUUCACGGCUUCUACAACUGCAGCAACUAGAGGCCCAACCAUGGCCUCAACUCAAAGUACAGUUACUUCACCUGCAACAGGAGCAACAACAUCAGCAGCAAUGAGGACAACAGAAACUGCAACAACUCUAUCAGCAACCACAGCCGUAACACCAUUAUCCGGUGCAACAUUUGGUCCCACCUCAACUGCAGGUUCGACAACCGGAAAAACAAACAAAAGCUACGACCUCUUCUGUAUCGGUGCUGCCUACUACAUCGGCAGUUCCUGGCACAGCAACAUCACCAACUACAACUUCUGUAUCAGCAACGGGUGUUAUAUCAACUGCAACUUUAACAAGGACAACCACAGCACCGUCGUCUUCUCUCCUAUCAGAAUCAACCACGUCACGAAGCCCUACUUUAUCUCCAGCUACCACUGCAGCGAAAAUCUCUACGACAACUGCCACUGGAGCAACAACAGCAUCUCAGAUAACACCUCUAGAAAUAACAUCACGCACAGUUCCAGUUACAACUUCUCACACAACAGCUGCAUCUCCAGCAAUGACUACAUCUCAAACUGGAAAUCCACCACAAACCACCACUGCAGCAUUCACGGCUUCUACAACUGCAGCAACUACAGGCCCAACCAUGGCUUCAACUCAAAGUACAGUUACUUCACCUGCAACAGGAGCAACAACAUCAGCAGCAAUGAGGACAACAGAAACUGCAACAACUCUAUCAGCAACCACAGCCGUAACACCAUUAUCUGGUGCAACAUUUGGUCCCACCUCAACUGCAGUUCCUGGCACAGCAACAUCACCAACUACAACUUCUGUAUCAGCAACAGGUGUUGUACCAACUGCAACUUUAACAAGGACAACCACAGCACCGUCGUCUUCUUCCCUAUCAGAAUCAACCACGUCACGAAGCCCUACUUUAUCUCCAGCUACCACUGCAGCGAAAAUCUCUACGACAACUGUCACUGGAGCAACAACAGCAUCUCAGAUAACACCUCUAGAAAUAACAUCAAGCACAGUUCCAGUUACAACUACUUCUCACACAACAGCUGCAUCUCCAGCAACGACUACAUCUCAAACUGGAAAUACACCACAAACCACCACUGCAGCAUUCACGGCUUCUACAACUGCAGCAACUACAGGCCCAACCAUGGCUUCAACUCAAAGUACAGUUACUUCAUCUGCAACAGGAGCAACAACAUCAGCAGCAAUGAGAACAGAAACUGCAACAACUCUAUCAGGACCCACAGCCGUAACACCAUUAUCCGGUGCAACAUUUGGUCCCACCUCAACUGCAGAACCACCAAAUUCAGCAUCUACCACAACAGUUCCAAAUGCAUCGGUGCUGCCUACUACAUCUGCAGUUCCUGGCACAGCAACAUCACCAACUACAACUUCUGUAUCAGCAACGGGUGUUAUAUCAACUGCAACUUUAACAAGGACAACCACAGCACCAUCGUCUUCUCUCCUAUCAGAAUCAACGACGUCACGAAGCCCUACUUUAUCUCCAGCUACCACUGCAGCGAAAAUCUCUACGACAACUGCCACUGGAGCAACAACAGCAUCUCAGAUAACACCUCUAGAAAUAACAUCAAGCACAGUUCCAGUUACAACUACUUCUCACACAACAGCUGCAUCUCCAGCAACGACUACAUCUCAAACUGGAAAUACACCACAAACCACCACUGCAGCAUUCACGGCUUCUACAACUGCAGCAACUACAGGCCCAACCAUGGCUUCAACUCAAAGUACAGUUACUUCACCUGCAACAGGAGCAACAACAUCAGCAGCAAUGAGGACAACAGAAACUGCAACAACUCUAUCAGCAACCACAGCCGUAACACCAUUAUCCGGUGCAACAUUUGGUCCCACCUCAACUGCAGAACCACCAAAUUCAGCAUCUACCACAACAGUUCCAAAUGCAUCGGUGCUGCCUACUACAUCUGCAGUUCCUGGCACAGCAACAUCACCAACUACAACUUCUGUAUCAGCAACGGGUGUUAUAUCAACUGCAACUUUAACAAGGACAACCACAGCACCGUCGUUUUCUUCCCUAUCAGAACCACCAAAUUCAGCAUCUACCACAACAGUUCCAAAUGCAUCGGUGCUGCCUACUACAUCUGCAGUUCCUGGCACAGCAACAUCACCAACUACAACUUCUGUAUCAGCAACGGGUGUUAUAUCAACUGCAACUUUAACAAGGACAACCACAGCACCGUCGUAUUCUUCCCUAUCAGCAUUCACGGCUUCUACAACUGCAGCAACUGCAGGCCCAACCAUGGCUUCAACUCAAAGUACAGUUACUUCACCUGCAACAGGAGCAACAACAUCAGCAGCAAUGAGGACAACAGAAACUGCAACAACUCUUUCAGCAACCACAGCCGUAACACCAUUAUCCGGUGCAACAUUUGGUCCCACCUCAACUGCAGGUUCGACAACCGAAAAACAAACAAGAGUUUCGACCUCUUCCGUGUCAACAGGAACACCACCAACUGUAACGACAGCUUCAUCUGUACUCGUAUCUUCUACUCUAGCUACCGCUUCAACAGCAUUCAUAGCAACAACAACUGCUUCAUCGAACCCAUCUGCUCCAAGCACAACUUCAGACCAAGUAUUUGGACGUCGGACGACGAGGAUGAGGACUUCGUGCAGCUUACAGCUCCGGAGGAUGCGGGGGAGAAACUGCCAACUGAGCCAGGCGCUAUCCAAGCGCUCGAUGCUUCACCGUUAGCGGUGGCGACCCUCCGGGAGGCGCACAAGCGUCUCGCGGAGCUCCUCCACACGGCGACUUCGCUCCUUGUGGAGUUUAGCCUCGCGGUCUCGCCGGCGAUGGAAUGA